AUGGAAUUGGUGUGCUUUAUCUCUUCUUCCUUCCGAUAGUAGUAAUCAUCAUUUCCUCGCAUGAAACACUAAAAAGAAAGAGUCGCGUUUUUUUUAAAUAUACAUGCAAGGUGUACAACUGUUCACGUCAGGUCAGCGGCACUCUGUCUUCGCAUGUCAAACAUAAUGAGCUACCCACUAUUGAUACACUCAUUGACACCACGAGACGAAUGUUGCGUACAUUGGACGAUGCAAGAGAGCAAUGGCUAGAACAGCCAACUUGUACUUCUAAAAUAAGCAACUUCUCCAGUUCCUCUUCCUCCACAGCUAUUGUUCCUCCCCCUCCGCCUGUUCCUGCUCCAGCUCGUGCACCUACACAAAAACAACGGCAGCAACAACAUCAAAAGGAGCCAGCACAACUGUCCAAGCGGUCAAGGGAGCCCUCAAUCGAUAAGCCAAAACAAUGCCAUUCUUGCCAAAGCACGGAGACACCAGAAUGGCGUAAAGGACCCAUGGGCCCGCGAACUUUAUGUAAUGCCUGUGGCCUAAUUUGGGCAAAAUUGGCACGUCAACAAGGGCAUCCGGAAGCACAAGACGAAAUAGACUCCAACAGCAACGAGAAUUCUCAAGAACUCCAAACAAGCAGUGAUGAUGCAGCAGCAAACAAGUAUGCCCUUUCAUACUUGUUGAGUUGAAGAUCUUGAAACGGAAAAGAAGACGAAGAAAAGAACAAUGCUUAUUUUUGUCAUAUCCCUCUCCCUCCUUUUUUGUGUAUUUUAGCUACUAUGAUGAUGAUGAAAAUAAUAUAAAGAGAGAUAUUACAGAGCACUGUGGUAUUGGGCUUGUACACUUCGUUUGAUGCGUAACAUUUC